AUGCCCUCAAGCGACGUAGAGACCAGUCUCGAUGGAGAUGUAAAGCUUGAACAUGCAGAGGAACUCGAGAAUGUUCACAGUAUAGACCCAGAACUGGAAAGGAGAAUCGUUCGGAAGAUCGAUUGUCGUCUUCUUCCAACCACCGCAGUGAUAUAUCUCCUAUGCUACCUCGAUAGAUCGAACAUUGGAAACGCCAAAAUCCUAAAUUCGUCAACCAAUGAUACCCUUCUGGAAAGCAACAACAUCUCGAACUACCAAUACACAAUCGCAAUGAUGGUUUUUCUGGUGGCCUAUUCCGUAUUUGAAGCGCCGAGCAAUCUGGCCUUGAAAAUCUUCGAACCGCGCAGGUGGCUGGGGUUCCUUGUCAUUGCUUUCGGUGCCUUCUGCACUGGAAUUGGGUUCACGCAUAAUUUUGCAGGGCUGGCAGCGCUUCGAUUUCUCCUGGGCGCUGCGGAAGCUGGUGCGUUUCCAGGCAUGAUUUAUUACUUCACAUUCUGGUACAAGCCCGCAGAACGUGCCAGUCGAAUUGCAGUAUUCAUGUGCAGUGCCACACUGUCGGGUGCCUUUGGCGGCGAAGACAAACUCAACUGGAAAGACGCUAAAGAAACUCUCCUAUCAGCAAGACUUUACGCUCACUACCUCACAUACCUAUCUAUAUCGGCCGGGGUAGCCUCGCUAUCCCUCUUUGCUCCAACGAUUAUCGCAGGACUGGGCUAUACCGACCUUCAAGCACAGCUCUUUACCGUUCCCCCGUACGCUGUUGCAUACGUUGUGACACUAGGGCUGGCUUGGCUCUCAGACCGGCUGAAAUGUCGAGGUGCCAUUGCCUGUGGAUCCCAGGUUAUGGCCUCGGUGGCUUUUAUUAUCCAGGCUGAGGCGUAUACUGCGCGCUAUGCGUUUCUCGUCAUUGCCACGACCGGGGCAUUUGGCGGUCUACCCUCACUGAACGCCUGGGUGGGAGAUAAUAUUCAUACGACUACAGCUCGGUCUAUCACAACGGCACUCAAUAUCUCCUUCUCUGGUCCAGGGCAGAUCAUCGGAGUCUGGAUUUAUAGAGCCCAGGAUGCCCCGGCAUACCGGUUGGGUCAUGGUGUCAAUGCUGAUGCAAGGUACUAG